UCUGUGGCCAAUGCGGGCGGGCUUGCCGACGGCAUGGCUUCCCUGGUUCUGUGAGCCCGGUCCUUCUGCUCGCAGGCCGGCGCUGUCUGCGUUUGCUGGCGACCUGCGGGGCUUGGGCUCCGCGGAGGAUGGGUCCUCCUCUGGAUGUGUGGGACUUUUCUUCACCUUUGCUGUUGCUGUGGGUGAACAGGUUCUACAUCUAUCUGGGCUGUGCUCUGGGAGUCACUCUUUGGAUCUGUGUCCAGGUUGUCAUCAAGAAGCAGGUCACUCGCUCCCAGCAGAAAAGUGUCCCUGGAGCUACCGGCAGCUCCCUCUCCCUUCAGAAGAAGGAGUCACACGUGUCUGGAGUGAAGAUUUUCUACGGAUCACAGACCGGCACUGCCAAGGGAUUUGCAGUGACUCUUGCCAAAGCAGUCACCUCUCUGGACCUGCCUGUGGCCGUUAUUAAUUUGAAGGAAUAUGAUCCAGACGACAGUCUGAUAGGAGAGAUCACUAGUAAAAAUGUCUGUGCCUUCCUGCUCGCUACAUACACGGACGGCCGCCCUACUGAGAGUGCGGAGUGGUUCUGCAAGUGGCUGGAGGAAGCGGCUAAUGAUUUCCGCUUUGGCAAAACUUACCUCAAAGGUCUGAGGUAUGCAGUGUUUGGCUUGGGAGACUCUGCCUACCGGAGCCACUUCAACAAGGUCAGCACGAAUGUUGACAAAUGGCUCUGGAUGCUCGGUGCCCAGCGGGUGCUCACCCGAGGGGAGGGAGAUCGCAAUGCAGUUCAGAGCAAACAUGGCAGCAUCGAGGCCGACUUCACAGCCUGGAAGACCAAGUUCAUCUCCCGGCUGCAGGCCCUGCAGAGGGGGGAGAAGAAGAAGACCUGUAGUGGGGACUGCAAGAGGGGGAAGUGUGAGUCCACCCAGCCUGGCUCAGGAGAGUCGCGCCCUCACCUGCAGGGCGAAUUGUACCCCAGGGAUGCGGAGGAGGAAGAGCCCUGUGAGAGCAGCAGUGAGGAGGAGUCGGGGACCCAGGAUUAUCAGAGCCUGAAUUCCGUGGUGGAUGUCGAGGACCUGGGCAACAUCAUGAACCCCAUGAAGAAGGAAAAGAGAGAAAAGGCUCCACAGGAGGAGAGAGGUGGCGUGAAGAGGAACCCAGAGGGGAGCAAAGCCAGCGAAGGAAGAGCUAUGAUCACACCUGCUCUCCGCGAGGCCCUGACUAAGCAAGGGUACCAGUUGAUUGGCAGCCACUCCGGUGUGAAGCUUUGCAGAUGGACAAAGUCAAUGCUGCGGGGGAGAGGAGGUUGCUACAAACACACAUUCUACGGCAUCGAGAGCCAUCGCUGCAUGGAAGCCACCCCGAGCUUGGCGUGUGCAAAUAAAUGUGUCUUCUGUUGGCGGCACCACACCAAUCCUGUGGGCACUGAAUGGCGGUGGAAGAUGGACCAGCCAGAACUGAUCUUGAAGGAAGCCAUUGAGAACCAUCAGAACAUGAUUAAACAGUUCAAAGGUGUGCCAGGGCUCAAGGCAGAGCGAUUCGAAGAGGGGAUGGAGGUCAAGCACUGUGCACUGUCGCUCGUGGGAGAGCCCAUAAUGUACCCAGAGAUCAACCGGCUUUUGAAGCUGCUCCACCAGCAUGGCAUCUCCAGCUUCCUUGUUACCAACGCACAGUUCCCCGAGGAAAUCAGGAACCUCACGCCAGUUACUCAGCUGUACGUGAGCGUGGAUGCUAGCACCAAAGACAGCCUGAAGAAGAUUGACCGCCCACUCUUCAAAGAUUUCUGGCAGCGGUUCCUAGACAGUUUGAAAGCCUUAGCCGCAAAGCAACAGCGAACAGUCUACAGACUGACACUUGUGAAGUGCUGGAACGUGGAUGAACUCCGGGCCUAUGCUGAGCUGGUGUCCUUGGGGAACCCCGACUUCAUCGAGGUCAAGGGCGUGACCUACUGUGGCGAGAGCGCAGCCAGCAGUCUCACCAUGGCCAACGUGCCCUGGCACGAGGAAGUGGUCCGCUUUGUCCAGGAGCUGGUGGAUCUGCUUCCCGACUAUGAGAUUGCAUGUGAACACGAGCACUCCAACUGCCUCCUGAUCGGACACAAAAAGAAAGGCACGGCAGUGGAAGUGUCUCCAUGUGGUGGGAGCAUGAGGCAGAAGGUAUUCACAUCAUGGCUGACCAAGAAGCCGAGGAGAGGAACCGGAAGGCCCACCUUCAGAGACCGCCCCCUGCCAGUCAAGUCCCACCUCUAAUAGGUGCCACAACUUUCAAAGCAGCACCACGGGAACUCAGCACCCUAGACAGCUCCUGGCCUCUGGUAGGUGUUUAGCACUCUUGUGUGGAAUGAAUGAAUAGUUUGGUUCCUGUUGAUCGCGUCAACUCGAUCAACGCGAAGGUAGAUUCACCCUGGAGACAAAUCUCUGAAGGAGUUUUUAAAUGACGGCAUUCAGGUGGCAAGACCCACCACCAAUGUGGGCAGCACAAGAUUGAAUGAAAAGGAGAAAGUGAGCUGAGCACCAGCAUGCAUCUCUCUCUGCCUCCUGACUGUGGAUGCCACGUCUUCCCAUUCCUGUCACUGUGUUUUCCCCGCCGUGAUGGACUGUGCCCUGGGUCCAUGAGCCGCAGUAAACCUUUCCUUAAGUUGUUCUGGUCAGUGACUUUGUUACAGUUAUAAGCAAAGUAACUGGAAGGCACAGACACUAGAAGAGCAGCCUGGGAUGCUGCCGUGGGAUGCUGUAGGAUGAUACCAUCUGAAAGCUGUAAGCUGAUACCAUCUGAAAGCUUCGAGGUUUGAACAGGCAUGUCCCUAGAAUGCCAGCAGGUUCAGGCUGAGGUGUGAUGUGGUCAUUCACUGUCUCUGAGAACCUCAAGAGGUCUUAAUGAAGACGUGACUCAUGCCACUUUUCCUGGCCCAUGGGCUGCAAUUUGUCACAUGAAGUCACCCAGGAAUUUCCAGGAGCUGUCAGUCAUCUCCACAUAACUGCUCUGUUACAGCAUCCUUGAUGUCUUCCAAUGGGAACCAGCUUCAUCCAGGUUUCAGAUGGUCUUGGAUACUCUGGACAAGGGGGGCAUAUGCCAUAAAAUGCCUUUGCUCAAGGAAUCUAUCAAAGCUGGUGCAGAGCGCUGUGGAAAGAAAAGCACUCUAGGGUAGAGGAAAAUAGAAGGUAAACAAAUAAAUCAGAGUCCACCCAGAUGAAAAUUUCAUCUGUCUACAAAAUACUGUUGAGAGAAGGAAAAGGCAAAGUAUGGGAAUGUCAUUUUGAGGAGAAAAUAUUCACAAAGCAUAUGUUAUAGAACUUUUGGAUCUUGCUAGGUACAGUGGCACACACCCAACAUCCCAACACUCUGGGUGUGGGGGCAGGAGAAUCAGGAACUCAAGGUCAUUCUUGGCUAUACAGCAAGUUUAAAAGCCAGCCUGUGUAGCCAUAAGUUUCUCUGGUCCUGCCCAGCCCCACAGUCCCUCAGCCACUUAUAAAAUAAUCACUCAGAGGCUUAUAUUAAUUACCGAUUGUAUUGCUUAGGGCAGGCUUCUUUCUAUCUAACUCUUUCAUCUUAAAUUAACCCAUAUCUAUUAAUCUAUGUGUUACCACAUGUUCUGUGGCUUUACCUUUGUCCCAUUACAUGCUGCUGGCAUCUCUCUCAUCUCUGCCCUUCUCUUUCCUGUCUCUCCCCUUGGAUUUCCCACUUGUCUCUAAGCUGCCCUGCCACAGGUCAACGCAGCUCUAUUUAUCAACCAAUCAGAGCAACAAAUAUUCACAGCGUACAGAAAGAUAUCCCACAGCAAGGGCUAUAUGAGACUGCCAACAAAACAAAACAAUAGCAACAAAACCUUUUCAUUCAGAAUAGAAAGACAUUUUAAGUGUUUUGAAAAUUACAAGUGUAUGUGGGAGUUUGUACAUGUGUGUGUGCAGGUGCCCAUGGAGACCAGAAGAAGGCAUCAGACCCCUUGGAGCUGGAGUUACAGGUGUUUGUGAACCACUGGGUCCUGGGAGCUGAACUUGGGUCCUUUGUAAAAGCAGCAAGUGUUUGUUAUCCAGUGGGCCAUCUGUCUAGCCUCUAUAAAGAACUUUUAAAUCUCAGCAAGAAACCUCAAUCAAACUGGGUAAAAUAUAUGAAGAUACACUUUACUAAGAACUCACAUACACUUUCAUGAGUUUACUAAAACUUGUGAAGAAUUGUUCAACACAUUACGGCUUAGGGACAUGCUAAUGAAAGUCACUGUAUACGCUCACUAUUGAUUAUUUUGAUUGUGUUAUUUGGAAGUAUUGAUUUGAUUUUUUUUCCUGAUAUAUAAUAUAGUGGAGGAACUAUGUUAGGAGUUGGGGAUAUAUCUCCAUUGGUAGAGUACUUGUGUGGCAGGCAUGAAGCCCUGGCUGCCAGCCCCAGGACCAGAUAAACCAGGCAUGGUGGCACAUGCCUGGAACAUUACAUGAACUGUAACAUUAGUUCGGGAGGUAGAGGCAGGAGGAUCUGGAGUUCAAAAUCAUCUUUGGCUACAUAGCAAGUUCAAGGCCAGGCAACCUGGGAUGAGAAGAGGGGGUUUUGAGGGAGAAAAUGAGGGGAGGGGAGGAGAGAGAUAUUUUAAUUUGAAUUCUGAUUUGACCACUUUCCAGUCAUGUGAACUUUGGAGAAUCACUCCAUUUUUCCAGAAUCUUACUUUUUUUUUUAAAUGACAAAACAAAACAAAACAAAACAAAAACAACCCAGGAUGGAGUUGUCUAUAUUUAACUUUGUUGAAAGGCUUAAGUUGGGUAAUACCAAUAAAUGAUUUAGAACAAAGCUUGGUGCACAUGGAAACUUUGCCAUUGGUUAUAUGGCAUUAAUUGCAACAAUGGAUAUUUUGUUACUUUUCUCAUGGCUGUGGCAAAAUACUGGGCAUAAACAGCUCAAAGGCAAGAAUUAUGUAUUUGUGUUUCAGAAGAUUCAGUCUGUCAUGGUGGGGAGGACUUUUCAGAGAAAAGCAGUUCACGUCAUUUCAGCCAGGAAUCAGAAAGAGACAGGAAGGGACCUGGACAAAAUAUAGCCCUGAGGACAUGUCCCCAGUAACCUACUCCCUCCAAUUAGCCUCACCUCCUCCUUUUACCACCUGUCCCAAAUGCCACCAUAUUAUGAAUCUAUUAAGGGAAGAAGCCAUUGAUUAGGCAAACUAGAGCUCCCAGGAUUUAGUCAUCUUUCAUAAUACCCUCACGGACACACAUUUGAGGUGUGCUCAACAAAUCUCCCAGGUGUUUCUCAAGCCAAUCAAGUUGACAUUCAAGAUUAACCAUCAACAGACAUUGUACAGAUGUUUGAGUCCCCAGAUUGGAGAGAACCAAGGAAGAAAAUAUUCCUUGGUGUGUGUGUGUGUGUGUGUGUGUGUGUGUGUGUGUGUGUGUGUGUGUGUAUGUGUGUGUAUGCCAUGAUGUAAAUCAAGGGUUAAUAAAAAUGACCAUUUCGGGGUGGGUAUUUCAGGAUUAGGGAAUAAUGUAGCUUGGUCAAAGUUAAGGAUAAAAGAAACCAGUGUGUUCAAGAGACUUUUCAGGUCAGAAUGCCAUACACAUUUGUAGAAGUGUCAAGAGAGGGGCUGGAAAAGUGCUCAACAACUCAUUUACCAUCCGCUCUUGAAACAGGGACUCAUAGUCUAGACUGGCCUUGAGUUUACUAUGUAGCCAAUGAUGACUUUGAACUUCUGAUCUUCCUGCCUUAGGCUCUGGAAUGCUGGGAUGCUACCAUGCCUGUUUAGCAGUAUAGGGGAUUGAACUCAGGGCUUCAUUCAUGGUAGGCAAGCAAUCUCCAGCUAGUCUACACAACCCCAACCCCUUAGGUAGCUUUUAAACUCUUGCCCCAUACAUAGGCACUAUCCCUAUAGGGCGAGGAGGGUUAUGGCUUCAGGAUGCUAAACACUGCAGAUUCAUGUCUUGGAGGCGUUUUCUCUAGAUCUUAGCUUCUCAACCAAUCCAUGGAGUUAAGGGACAUAAAAUCCAAGCUACAAGAAUAAGGCAAAGGAAGGGCACCCUCCGAUGUUACAUGGGGUGCUGUUGAACAAGCCCUGCCCCCUUCCAAGGUUCACAUGUUAACUUGGUAAUUCUUUUCCUUGGUGGAGCUAGGAUUGACUUUUGGCUGGUAGAAACGAUAACUCCCAUUAUUAUGGCCUUAGAAUGUCUUAAAAGGUCACUAAAUUGCUCAGUAUUUAUCUUAA